UUCCACCCUCCAUAAUUUAAAUUUGACAUCCUUACCGAUUACUAUACCCAUUAGAGUCUUAAAAAAUCCUAGGGGUGUCAAAAAUUUUUAUAAAAAUUUAAAAAAAUUUUUCUGUGGGGUCCCCGUCAAAGCAAAAACUAUUUUCUUUCAAGGGGACUCGAACCCACCACCCCUCCAAGCCAAAGUCGACUCGUUACCGACUACACCACAACCACACUUAUUAUAAUUAAAUUAAUAAUUAACUUUAUUUUUACAGAAACACAUGUAUUAAUUAAUUAAAAUUAAAUUAUAUUUUUAUUUUAUUCAAAAUGGCAGCGGUCGCUCAAAUGCCUCCCUCUGCCCAAUCCCAAGCUCAGAAAAAGCCAAAAACCUUUCAGGCUUAUUUGCCCUCAGGCGCUCGUACUUAUAGUUGUGCCCAUUGUCGAGCAAACCUGGCAGAUCACAACGAGUUAAUCUCCAAAUCAUUCCAAGGCAGUCAAGGCAAAGCAUAUCUUUUUAAUUCAGUAGUUAAUAUUGUUUGUGGUACAGCAGAGGAAAGAGUUUUGCUGACUGGACUGCAUGCUGUUGCUGAUAUUCAGUGUGAAUGUUGUAAGACUACACUCGGAUGGAAAUAUGUGAGUUUAAAAAAUUUUUUAGCCCAUUUUAAGUCCUUGAAAUGUCCAGACUCAAGUGUCACCCCAAAAAAUAUUUUCAACAAAAAUUCCAAAAAUUUCCCUAAAUAUUUUAAGGAGCACGCUUACGAAAGCAGCCAAAAAUACAAAGAAGGCAAGUAUAUCAUAGAGCUAAUCCAUAUGGUUAAAGACAAUGGUUGGGCACAGCCGUGGGGUGAACGUCGAAAGAGGAAUGGCAGUUUGACUUGA